AUGCUCAAUCUGCUGCCGAAGCGCUCCGUGGCGGUGUCGCUGCUGCACGGCAAGCGCAGCAUCCAGCGGAUCCAGGUGGGGUCAUCGCAGCAGCAAAUGGAAAUCCCGCAGGCUGCAGUGGAUAGUCUUUACGCGAAAAUAAAAGAAAAAGAAAUGAAAGCAGCAGCAAAAGAAACAGCAGCAGCAGCAGCAGCAAAAGAAAUCCACAACGGGGACUUCUUGACGCUGCCCUGGCGCGACUUCUUCGACAUCAAGCUGAACGCUUUCUACUUGGCGGAAGCAGCAGAAGCAGCAACAGAAGCGCGUUCUUCUUUAGGAGAGCAAAAGUGGUUUACAGAUUUGGCGGAUGUCUACAACGCAAAUGCAGCAGUGGCAGCAGCAGAAGCUGCUGCUGCUGCUGCUGCUGCAGCAGCAGAGGCGCCAGCCAGGCUCCCCAUGCGGAGCUCCUCGGGCGGCUGUUGCCCCACUUGCUGCAUAACGCGGCAGAGAGCUGCGGCCUGCUUGCCCUGCAGCAGCAACAGCAGCAGCAACAGCAGCAGCAGCAACAGCAAAGGCGGCGCAAGACAAACAUUUUCUCCUUUGCGCAGAUCGCAUAACGAAGUCGGUGUUGCUGCGGCUGCUGCUGCCAGCAGCAGGAGCAGCAGCAGCAGCGACAGCAGCAGCAACCAGCUACAGCGUCUUCAGCCGCCCCAGCAGCAGCCCAGCCACAAAGCCGACGCUGGCAGCACCCCCAGCAGCACCCCGACCGCAACAACCACAACAGCAGCAGCAGCAGCAACAGCAAUAACAAAAACAACAUCAACAGCAGCAGCAAGAGCAUCAAGAACAACAGCAACAGCAACGACAGCAACAGCAACAGCAAUAGCAACAGAAACAGCAGCAACAACAACGGCAACAGCAACAACGACAGCAACAGCAACAGCAAUAGCAGGAGCAGCAGGAGCAGCAGGAGCAGCAGCAGCUCACUUUUUCCGGGGUAGGGAAGUCGUAGCCAAAAAGAGUCACGGCGGUGCCCUUGGCGCCCGCACGGCCAGUGCGGCCUGCGGUGUACAUACACCUCAAAGCCAGUCAGUGGCUCAGCAAACGAACACAGGCUAG